AUGUCUACAGUCGGCAAUGUACCUCAAGAGCUGCUGGAUCGCAUCGUGCAAGGCCUCAAGUCGUUGGGAGACAAGACGGUGGCUGUGGGAGAAUCGUCAUCUGGAGGUCUGAUCAGCGCUGCGCUGUUGGGUGUGGAUGGGGCCGGUGCGUGGUACAAGGGUGGAGGCGUGCUGUAUACCAAGGGUGCGUCAUCUCUCGCAUUAUUUUGGUAGCGCCUUGGCUGACGGCGACUGUGCCACGACUUGCUCAGAAAGCCGAGUGAGCUGGGCUGGAUGGACAGAGGCGGAUCUCAGGAAUUAUAGGCGAGUCACCACCACCGCAGGGUCGCUGCUUGACUUUUGCCAUGAACGCUGCUCAGUCGGUCUUGACUGGCUGCUUGCUCCCUUUAGAGGUCCCACCGAUGCUGUAGUAUCUGGAUUAGCUGAGAGUGUGGCCAAGCAGCUGGGUGCGGAUUACGCUGUGGGUGAGAGUGGCAUAGCGGGACCGCACGGUAUCGGUCGGAGAUUGCCAGCGUGAGUCCAGACCAUCUCGGUCGGCCUGCAAGAUUGCGCGCAGCCCAUUUGAACACCUUGCGUACAUGCGCUCUCCCUUUCAGCGGCUUCACCUGCGUCGCAGUCUCUCGUCCGCAAGGCCGAGCCUUUACACGGGUGAUUAGGACGGGCAGCGAGGAUCGCGUGCAGGUGCGCACCGUUUCUUUCACUGGUCCACUGUUCAACCCUUCUCGGCCGCUUUCACUGACUAAACUAUUGGCGCAUCCCCAACUCGACAGAACAUGCACCGAUUCGCUCUCGAAGGGCUGACGCUCCUUGCAGAGGUGCUGGAGAGCGAUUUGAAAGAUGCACAGGGCGGAGUGAGGUCGAAGUUGUAA